GGCUGGACGUGGCCGUGCAGGGAUAUCCCUUCGAGGACUGGGGGCUGGCUGGGCCUGACCUGCUGGGGCUGGAUGCAGAAGCCCUGGAGGCACUGGGGGUGUGGGCCCUGGGGCACCAGGAGCUGCUGCUGGAGGCUGUGGAGCAGCUCCGUGCUCUGGACACGGGACUGGCGAGCACCAGCCUGCGGACACUGACGGAGAGGCUGCAGGAGCUGGCUCAGGGCAUCCAGACCCUGGUGCUGGGGGGGAUGUCAGCAGGGGAUGCCUCUCAGCCACCCUCCCUCACCCUCCUGGCCCGAGUCGUCGACCUGAUCGGGGCUGCCAAGGAGCUCUUCUCCUGGCUCAACAGGUCUGGGGCAGGUGAGGGUACCCCUGGGUUCUGGGUGUUUCCCAUGCUGGGGCUGAGCUCUCUGUCCCUCCUUAGGUAUCUCUUCUCCACCCUCAACGACUUUUCAGCCAGCAGGGACAUCGUCCUGCUCUGUGCCCAGCUGACAGAGACGCUGCAGGCGGACUGUCCUGCAGCUGAGAGGGACAGACAGAUCCUGCAGAUUGUAAGUGCUGGAUGAAGAGGGGGUGACAGGCACGGGGAACCCAGUGCUGCCAGGACCCACCCUGAGCCCCUUGUUCACCCACAGUGUCAGCACAUCGUGGGCAUCUCAAUGUCCCCCAGCACUCCAACGCUGCCCUCUGGCCUGUGGCAGAGCCCCUCAACAUCCCCUGAUACCCCAACGCUGCUCCCCAGCCCAUGUGGGAGCCCCCCAGCAUCCCCUGACACCCCGAUAGCAUCCCCUGACACCCCAACGCCUCCCCCUGACCCUCCAGGGAGCCCCUUGACACUCCUCACUGCCCCACUGGGCCUUGAGAUCACCUCCACCAGCUCCUGCCUGCACUUUGUGUCUGAGACCCCCUCAGAGGCUCUGGCUGCCCACGGGGGCCACAUCCUGCCCGGAGACGAGAUCGUGCAGGUCAAUGAGCAGGUCGUGGUUGGUUGGACACGUGUCAACCUGGCAAAGAAGCUGAGGGAGAAGGCAAAUGAAGCGACACUGGUGCUGAAGAAGAUCCCUCUCGAUCUGCCUGACUCACCUCCCUCUCCCAGGCAGCAGCUCCCAGGAGCAUUUUCGGAUGCUGUGGAGUCUCCCAGCACCAGGAAUGACAAGUGCCCAGGCAGCCCUGUGUCCCUGACCUCCAGUGUUGCUGCUGACUUGGACUCGGGGCCAGACUCUGCGCCAGAUCCUAUCAGUGACGAGGAGGAGGAAGAGGACGAGCAGGAUCUGAGGCUGCCUGGGGCAGCUGUGGAGGAGCUGUCAGGGCUGCCUGGACACGGCAGCCCCCGGACGGGACGCAGACCAAAAGGAGUGGCGACCAGGCUGAGCCGCCGGCGGGUCUCGUGCCGGGACCUGGGCCGGGUGGACUGCGAUGGUUGGCUCCUCAAGAAGAAGGACCACGUGGGCUUCAUGGCCCAGAAGUGGAAGAGGUGCUGGUUUGUGCUCAAGAGCCACACGCUGUACUGGUACAACCACCCCAAUGAUGAGAAGGCUGUAGGACUCAUCAACGUGGCCACCUAUGACCUGGAGAGCACGAGGGAGCAGAAGAAGAAAUAUGUGUUCCAGCUGUGCCACCAGAGGUACAAGCCCUUCAUCUUUGCUGCUGAAACCUUGGCUGACCUGAGCAUGUGGGUCAGUCACCUCAUAACAGCCAAAACAAAGUACACACUGGCACACCAGUCAGUCCCAGACAAGGAGGAAGACUGCUACAGUGAGACAGAAGCUGAGGACCCUGAGGAUGAGUCUCCCAAGCAUGGAUGUGACUCGCCAAGGAAGAGGCUGAAUACCCCAGAGAAAGCCUUGUUCUCCCUGGCCAGUGGUGAGCCCAGCAGUGCAGCCAGCAGCCCCCAGGGCAGCCCCCGGCCCUGCUCCCCCAUGGACCCCUCUGGGGAAGAUCUGGAGAGCCUGAUGCAGUGCCUGAAGCAGGGAGGGGUGUCCCUCAUCGGGCAGCGACGGAUCCUGACGCAGGAGCAGUGCCGAAAAUCCUUCCUGCGGCGCAACAAGAACCCUCACAUCAACGAGAGGGUGCACGCGGUGAGAGCCCUGCAGAGCACGCUCAAGGCAAAGCUGGUGGAGCUGCAGGCGCUGGAGCAGCUGCUGGGAGAGGAUGUGCUCACCUCGGACAGGUUCCGGUGCUGGAAGGAGGAGCACCAGGAGCUGUACCAGGAGCUGCGGGAGGGGUGGGCAAGGCAGCGGGGCCAGAGCCACCCUGGGGGGCUUGAGGCAGAGCACAGCCCCCACGAAGAG